UAUCGGCCCGUCAUUCUGCUCUUCUCACUUUUGUCAGCGUGGAGAUGCGUUACAUCUCGCACCUUCGCACAGGCGCUGAAGCAUUCUGGUCCAAGAAACGCGCGGGAAAAGUGGUAUGCAUUAUCUAUCCUGUGUCUAUCUCUAUCGGUCUGUCUCAAGAGUCUAAAUCUUUAUGAGGCGUUUUUAUUCAUCGUGUGGAAAGAAACCUCAAACGGGUAAAACUUAUUGCUCCACGGAAACAAAUGAGUGUGGUAACACGCUCCUCCUUACUUGAGCAUGGUUUACGCCGGGGGACUACUAGUUCUAAGUUGUGUCGUGAUGUUGUGUAACGCCGGGUCGAUCACGGCCCCAAUGCUCCACGAGUUUGAGGAGUACAUCGAGUCUGUGAUGAAGUGCCGACAGGUGCCCGGACUGACCAUUACAAUGGUCAAGAACAACAGGGUGUUUUACGCUAAAGGAUUUGGAUACGCUCAAGUCGAAGACAAAGUGCCAGCAACAAACGAUACCAAGUUCUGCAUCGGGUCGCUGACCAAAGCUUUCACAAGUACCGUCCUCGCCAAACUGUUGACCACACACACGAGGUUUACCUGGGACACGCCCAUACAAAACAUCCUUGGAAGUGGGUUCCGGUUGAUCAACAAACUGCGUUCGGAGAACGUGAAUCUGCGAGAUCUACUGGCCCACAAGGUGGGUGUUCCGGGUUUCUUCAACGCUUUGCUGGUGGGUUUUCCAGAGAACGUCACAAGAGAGGAAUUCAUCAGUUAUCUGGAGUACCUCCCCGACUUCCUUCCGUUCCGGACCAGAUUUGUGUACAGUAACUUCAUGUACACGCUGGCGGGACACGUCUCCGAGAAGCUCGGAGGAAGAACAUGGGAAAAUCUUGUCCGAGACCAUCUGUUCCGGCCCCUCGAUAUGGACACUUCCGGGUUCGUGACGGAAGUUUCCGACUUCGACAAAAGUUUUGCCUUAUCAUACGCCAGUAGGAAUCGAAAACCUGUGCGAUUAAACGAAAAACUCUUACAUUGUGUCGAUCCACUCGGCCCAGCCGGAUCAAUCUACUCUACUGCCAAAGACAUGGGUAGGUGGAUGCUGUUUCAUUUGACCGCUUUCCAGAACACGUCCUUGACUCCACUAAACAUAGACCAUGACAUCCUCGCGGAGACGUACGCAAGUCAGAUGGCAACGCCCUUUCAAGAGAAAAAUUUAUUCCGCCCCAAGUACCCCAUAGAUGACGUUUCGUUGGCGUACGCACUUGGUUGGGUUACUUCCGUUUACAGAGGUUAUAAGCGUGUUUGGCAUUCAGGUGGUAUCGUUGGAUUUUCUUCGUUGCUUUGGUUGUUUCCACACGAAAAUGUCGGCAUAUUUGUCUCACUCACAGGAUCACGAGAUAACGACAACCAGCUCCCCAUCAGAGUCAUUAUGAGUCGCGCGGCGGACAUGUUGCUAGGAGAAACGCCCUGGCUCAACCGUGACUCCGCCUGCUCGUUUCCCGCCCCCUGGGGUAAUGUUUCGCCAUCCAUCCCUGUGUCAGGAGUAAGCCAGUUCAAGACGUUUUGGAACAUCAGUCGGCCAAUGGAACAUUACGUGGGCUCUUACGGCCAUCCAGCGUUUGGCAACAUAUCCGUCACGAUAGAGAACCACACGCAAUUACUUCUCCAUUACGGCCGGUUUGGCCGGAUGGUCCUCACCCCUGUAACGGACUCUGCCUUCAUAGGACGGUAUAUAGGGUCCCUCUGGUUCGCGACACAGGCGGACGGACAAGUCAUACCUGUCAGUGUAAACUUCUCACUUCCGGUAUCGGGAAGUGCCUCGAACCUAUCGUAUCCCGUAGACAAUGCUUUUGCGAUCACAUUUCGGAGAGAUUUCAGAAAAAAUGAAAACGGGGGUUUGCAAGGUCCACUGCAAAUCACGUGCACAACCUCAGGAAAUACACGUGUGAAGUCAACCAUGUGGACACUGUGUGUUGUGUUUAUUGUGACGAUUUUUUAACCUGUCUUCGUGUCGCCUAUAACACUAGUUUUAUCAUGUUUUGUAGUACAUUUAGUUCAUUUUGUAAAAAAAAAUAAAAAAAUCUUCAUACAUCUGACAUUUAUUUAUAUAAAAAAAAUAAACAAAUUUCUCAAAAUUUCUCAUAACCAAUGCUUCAUGCGAGUAAUCGUUCAUUCUAGUAUCACGUUGUACAAAUUUCCUAAAGUCAAUAAGCCACGUAAGUAAGCAUGCACUGUAUUCUUGCCCCUUAGUCGAUACAUACAUGUAAAUAAACCCACAUUGUAUUCUUGCGUUGUAUAAAUUCCCCUUAGUCGAUACAUACAUGUAAAUAAACCCACAUUGUAUUCUUGCGUUGUAUAAAUUCCCCUUAGUCGAUACAUACAUGUAAAUAAAUCCACAUUGUAUUCUUGCGUUGGAUAAGUUCUCCAUAUGCCCCAUCCGAAAACCUACGUGUGAGUUUAUAUUGUAUCAUUAUGUAAUUCACUAUUCCGUUUAUUUCCUAAUUUAAUAAAGA